CCAAGCAGCAUCAUGAAGCUUUCCGUGGCCGCCGCCGCAACGGCUCUGCUCGGCUUGGCUGCCGCCGACCUCGAUCCCAUUGUCAUCAAAGGUUCCAAAUUCUUCUACAAGACGAAUGGCACCCAAUUUUUUAUGAAAGGUGUGGCCUACCAGCAGGAGCUCAGCUCCAAUAGCUCUCAGUCGGGUGACUUGAACAAGAAAUACGUCGAUCCCUUGAUCUCCGACACAUGCAAACGCGACAUUCCCUUCCUGCAAAAACUAAACACAAACACCAUCCGUGUGUACGCCAUCAAUCCAGAUGAGAGCCAUGAUGCUUGCAUGAAGGCCCUGGCCGACGCCGGCAUCUAUGUUGUUGCUGAUCUUUCCGAGCCCCUUCUGUCCGUCAACCGUGACACGCCUGAAUGGAAUGUCGAUCUCUACACACGCUACACCAAGGUUAUUGAUGUCAUGUCCAAGUACACCAACACGCUUGGCUUCUUCGCUGGAAACGAGGUAUCCAACCAGAAGAACAACACCUUGGCCAGCGCCUUCGUCAAGGCCGCCGUGCGCGACUCCAAGGCUUAUAUCAAAGCCAAGAACUACCGCUCCAUCGGCGUCGGAUACGCCACAAACGACGACGCAGACAUCCGCGAGAACCUGGCCAACUUCUUCGACUGCGGCGACCGCGCCGAGGCCAUCGACUUCUGGGGCUACAACAUUUACUCGUGGUGCGGCGACUCCUCCUUCACCGAAUCCGGCUUCGACGUCCGCACCAAGGAAUUCCAAAACUUCGACGUCCCCGUCUUCUUCGCCGAAUAUGGCUGCAACACCCCCCGUCCGCGCCUCUUCACCGAAGUCGGUACCCUCUACGGGCCCGAAAUGACAGGCGUCUGGUCCGGCGGCAUCGUCUACAUGUACUUUGAGGAAGCCAACCAGUUCGGCCUCGCCACCGUCGACGGCAACAACGUGGAAACCAACGACGACUUCAACAACCUCUCGAGCGAAAUCGCAAAGGCAACACCGUCAGCUGUCCAGAUGUCCGCCUACAACCCAACAAACACCCAACCCGCAGCCUGCCCCUCUGUGAAUUCCGACUGGCGCGCCCCGGCCUCCCCUCUCCCUCCGCCAGUCAACGCCCAGCUCUGCGCCUGCAUGUCCUCGUCCGUGUCCUGCAGCGUCGCCGACUCGGUCGACGAGGCAGACUACGGCACCCUCUUCGGGGUCGCGUGCGGCGCCUCGGGCGGCAAAUUCUGCAACGGCAUCAACCGCAACGUCACCGCCGGCUCUCCCUCGUCGUCCUACGGCGCAUACGGCAUGUGCAGUUCCAAGGACCAACUCAACUUUGCGCUCAACGCGUACUACGAGGGCACGGGCAAGAAACCGGAUUCGUGCAGCUUCAAGGGGUCCGCGACGUUGAGGGCCAAUGUGCCCACGCCCACGGGCGAGUGCCCUAGUCUGCUCAAACAGGCUGGCAAGGACGGCAAUGGCACGGUGCCUGUUGGCAGUGCCGCCGCGGCUUCAGGACCCAGUGGCGCUGCUGGGUCCGCGAGUGAUGGCGCCUCCGGUGCCGUCGAGGUCCGAGUCGGUCUGGGACUCUAUGUCCUUGCUGCUGUGGCUUCUGGUUUCGCCAUGGUGCUCUUGUAGGGUGUUGAGGUAUAUAUAUGUUUGUGCUAGGGACGCACGUGUGAGGGAAAGAAAACAAAAAUGUGGGCGGCAGAGCGCGUGAUUCCUCUUCUUCGCCCACGUUGUUGUUGGACCGACGAGGGAAUGCUUUUUGGACUUUUCUCUUCUGUUCCUCUUCUUUUUUUUAUUUCCAAACGGGAAGGAGGGCAAGGUAAAGGACUGGGCUUUUCAUGGGCGGGAAAUAUCAUCAUCAUCAUUAUUGUCAUUGUAUUGGCGUUUUCUCUUUCUUUUUUCUUUGCAGCAUUCACGGGCAACGUUUUUCCCCCCAGAGAGCGUGUACCGGCGGCUCCUGCUGUUAAUAAAUAAAUAACCACCAUGUUCUUUUUUUUUUCACACAUACAAAAUACCCCCCCCCCCCCCAUUGGACAGUUCGGUUCUCUACUUGGACAGUCGUCGUGCAUAUUCUUGCUUAGAUCCUACAUGAAAUCACAACCUCUCUUCUCGGCCAGCUGGGUAGCUGGGUAGCCAGCCAGCCAGCCAGCCAAAGCACCUACCUUCCACGGGUGUGGAGGAAAUAUAGUACGCUAUAGCAUAGUACAAAGGUAUAGUAUACAUACUGUAGUAUAUAUAUAUAUAUAUAUAUAUAUCAUUCAAGCAAAAUGCUUGCUUGCUUGCUUGCUCGGUACGUACGGCCGUUCAAACGGCCAACUUGCGUACAUACAUACAUACAUACAUACAUACAUACAUAUGUAUAUAUCACCCACCGCAUGCCCAUGCCCAUGCCAUGUCAUCACACACACAGACACACAUCACACACAUGGAUGUAUGAUCCGAUGGCGGGGGGGUGCAAGGGGUGACGCGGUACGGGAUGAUCCCUUUGGGUGGUCGGUCGGCGGUAUUUCG